AUGAGCCCAAAGAACGACUCCGGUUUCAAGGUCGAGCCUUUCGACGGCUCGAACUAUGGGUUGUGGAGUUACAAGAUGAAGAUGUACCUGAUGUCGAAGGGGCUGUGGGGCGCGAUCGCGGGCGAUGAGACAACAAGUGAGGCCAAGGAACAGCAAGCCCACGCCGCGAUCGUGCUGAAUCUGAGCGAUUCACAGUUGAUGCAUGUCAUCGACUCGGCCACCGCAAGAGAAGCGUGGGGACGUCUGGCGCGAUUUCAUCACAGUCAUGACAUGGCGAAUCGACUUUGGCUGAAGGAAAAGUUCGCGUCGUUCAAGUAUGCAGCAUCAAGCAUGAGCGGUCAUGUGAUGGAGCUGGAGGACCUCGUGAUGAAGAUGAAGCGCGCGAACUGCGGUCCAAGUGAAGAGGACGUGUGCGCAGUACUGUUGCGGAGUCUACCUUCAAGCUUCGAGAGCUUGGUACAGGCAUUCCGCAUGUCCGUCGCAAGCUUCAGUUUCAGUGACCUCGUGAGCAAGUUGAUCGCCGAAGAAGUGCGCCAGAAUGAGGGAGCACGAGUAGAAGAUGCAACGGCGCUCUACGCAGGCAAGAGGAAGGGUAAGCAGUACCCGAAGAAGCAACAAGGACGGCGCGCGAAAGGACCAUCAGGGACCUGCUACAACUGUGGCAAGGUCGGACACUACGCCAGAGAUUGUCGCUCCGGUCGAGGGCCAAGGGAGCAACAGCAUGACCAGUCGAAUGUCGCGUUUCAUGCCAGCGAAGGUUUCGCGAGCAACAGCUGGGUCAUGGACAGUGGCGCGUCAGCACACAUGUGCAAGGAUCGAGAUGCGUUCGAAGAGUACGAAGAAGUGCAUCAUGCGCGAAGCAUUUCAAGCGCAAAGAGCGACGUGAAGCUGAAUGUCAUUGGACAUGGGACAGUGAAGCUGCGCGUCUGGACAGGACAUGCGUGGAUCGACGCUCGCCUUGAGAACACACUUCACGUUCAAGAUUUGUCCAAGAACCUGUUUUCGCUCACGGCUGCGGCAGCGCGCGGCAUGACAGUGGAGAUAACGCGCAACGAGUGCGUGGUCAAGCGUGGCGGCACACCCGUCGCAACAGGAAGGAAGCAGGGGUUCCUCCUGUAUCUCAAUGCUGACUAUGGUACGGAGUGCCACAUGGCCGAAGACGAUACAGAGCUAUGGCAUAGAAGACUGGGUCACGUGUCGUAUGGUACGCUGAAUGCCAUGGUCAAGGACGGAAGGAUCAAGGGCGCAACGAUGAAGACGAACGUUGCGUGUGACGUAUGCGCAACGUCAAAGCAAGUGCGCAAGUCAUUCAAGACAAGUGAAGAAGACGCUGAAACCAGGGAGAGUUCGCGUUCCGACGUGGUGGUGUGCUCCGACGUUCUCGGUCCUAUCACGCCAGCGUCCAAGUCUGGUUUCAGUUACGCCGUAACCUUCAUCAUGAUGAAGAGCAGGUAUGUAACGGUCUAUCCGUUGCGAAAGAAGAGCGACGUUGCGAGUGCGUUCAAGCGGUUUUACCAAGAUGUCAAGACAGCAUCUGGAACGAAGAUAAAGGUGUUGCGAAGUGACAACGGCGGCGAAUACCGGAACGCAACGAUGAACAGCUUUUGCAAGGCAAAGUUCAUCAAGCAAGAGUUCACGGUUCCGUACAACCCAGAGCAGAACGGGAUGGCGGAGCGGAUGAACCGCACGCUGGUGGAGAUGACGCGCUACAUCAGAAACAUUCUGCCGAACGCGUCGAACAAGAACUCAAGCCCACACGAGAUGGUGUUCAAGAAGGUUCCGCGCAUCGAUCACAUGCGCGUGUUUGGUGCGCAAUGCUAUGCGCAUGUGGCGAAGGAGAAGAGAAAGAAGCUGGACGACUCAGGCGUGCGAUGUUUCUUUCUCGGCUAUGAGAAGGACCAAAAAGGCGUAUCGGCUUCCUCAACGCGGACGAUGGCUCGAUCGUGA